UGAACGGAGAUGACGCGUUAAUCAUCCAUUCUCUGCAUGAGCUACAUGGCAAGAUGGCUGCGAUCAUGAAGAACGUGGAAGAAAUCCGUAAUCGAGUAAUACUGGGUGAAUUUGGUGUGAAGAAUGUUCAUACAUCAGAUUUCCCAAGCAACUACCCUGGCUAUGAUGAUACUUGGGAUAUGCAGAAAUUUCAAAAGAACUUCAGAAUUGAUAUAGUGCAUCUGGAUGAGAGCAGUAUGGAGUUUGACAUGGUGGGGAUAGAUGCAGCCAUUGCCAACGCCUUCAGAAGGAUCUUACUGGCAGAGGUGCCUACCAUGGCUGUAGAGAAGGUGUUUAUCUAUAACAACACAUCCAUUGUCCAAGAUGAAGUCCUGGCCCACAGGUUAGGCCUCGUCCCCAUCAAAGCUGACCCUCGCCUGUUUGAGUACAGGAUCACUGAUGAAGAUUCUGUAGAGGAACAUGGUUCAGAAAUAGAUACAAUUCAACUGCAGCUGAAGAUCAAAUGCAGCAGGAACCCCAAAGCCAGCAAAGACUCCUCGGACCCACAAGAGUUGUAUCUAAACCACAUGGUUUAUUCCAGGGACAUUAAGUGGGUCCCCAUUGGGAACCAGGCAGACGUGUUUGCAGACUUCAUCAUUGGACCAGUAAAUGAUGACAUCCUUAUUGCUCAGCUACGACCAGGACAGGAGCUGGACAUUGUCAUGCACUGUGUCAAAGGAAUCGGUAAGGACCAUGCCAAGUUCUCUCCAGUUGCCACAGCUAGUUACCGACUCCUCCCAGAAAUCACCCUGCUGGAGCCGGUGGAGGGAGAGAAGGCAGAGCGCUUAAAACGCUGCUUUUCACGAGGAGUUAUAGACAUAGAACAUGUAAAUGGGAAGAAGGUUGCUAAAGUAGUGAACAGUCGCUUGGAUACAUGCAGCAGGGAAGUCCUCCGACAUGAUGACCUGAAGAAUGUGGUGACGCUUAGAAGACUGCGAGACCAUUUUAUCUUUACUGUGGAGUCGACCGGCAUCCUGCCUCCAGAUGUCCUGGUCACAGAGGCCAUCAAAGUCCUCAUGGCCAAGUGUCAGAGGUUUCUGAAUGAACUGGACUCUACUGCCAUGGAGGGAAGUCCUGACUGAGCAUGCUCAGAACAACCACAGUGGAGCUGAUGUUGACAUAAGCCACAGUUUGUCAGGCCUGAUAUUGUUGAUACUGUUCCUCCUUUUCAAAAGCAGAUAUAAUUAUGGUAGUUGGACUUACAUCUAGGUAUGUGAAGAAACUGUUUUCUUUAGUGUUUUGUGCCCUGCUCUUGACUUUUCUUAAGUAAACAUGCUGAAGCUAAUAAAACAUCACUGCUGUUCGGAGAUGAGCCAGGCCUGGGCAAAAUCAUUCAUCGCCGUACAAUGCAUGCAAGUCAGGUUUGUGGUCUGACUUUGCUCUCUGAUUUUGCUUUUGCCGACUAGCUCUGAUGUUGUGCGCAAGUAGGCAACAAUAAAUUCACAACAUCGCCCAGGGCAUGAUGGGGGACACCUGGCUCUCACAUGAUCAAAAAGCUGGUUGGUUAAGAUGUUGAUUCAGCAAUAUGACAUUUCAGAUAAACUUUUAAUUUUCAUUGAACUGGUGAGAUUUAGAUUUGAUUUGUGUAGUUUGUAGGAUAAUUCUGUUAACAGAGCAUGUGUUGUGGCUGAUGGUGCAGUUACCUGCCAGAGAGACUAAAUGCAUUCAUCAUAAACUAUAUGGAAAGUA